GCGGAAGUGUGGUUAUGUCACUUUGCUUUGCGCUUGUGCAUGGGAGAUUUGGUCAGUGUGUGUGCAGAUUUCUUAGAAGUUUUAUGUAAUUUUCUCAGGCAAGAUUGACUCCUUUGCUGCAAGCCCACAAUUGCAAAGAAAUCUCCAAAAUCUGGUGCACUGUGGUCAAAGUGUUUUCUACCGUGAGAGUGUAGGGAAGUGAGUGAAAAAUCAUAGUGAAAAGUGUGGAAAUUUCUGAGUCUUGCGUCAUCUUCUCAACCCAGAGAAAAUAGACAAUUUUGCACAGAGAUUUUGUCUCUGGGAAGAGAAUGUGCUUGAGCUCGUAGACAUCACGCGAGUGUCGUCACUGACUUGCUGCUGUAGACACAACGGCAACAGCCAAGAAUGGAAGGGACGUUUCAGGACGAAGCCACAGAUCCCAUCAGAUCACGGCACAAUCUCUAGCCAAAGCAGGAAGUCGCCUGUUCAAGCCCAAUAUUGCAGCCUCUCAUUGAGGCAUUAUAGUUGAUCUGCACGUGUACAUCAACAACACAGACUUUUCCCUGACGGACGGCUGAGACAAUUGGCCAAUUUUCUAACAAUUUACAUGUUGAUGGACUCGGGAAAAUGACGACAAUGAAGAACGGUUCCACGAAGAAACUCAAUUUAUUCUCCCUGGUCAAAUAUGAACACCUUGUGGCUGGGAUUUCUGGUGGAGUCACCUCCACACUCAUCCUACACCCAUUGGACCUCAUUAAAAUACGAUUCGCAGUGAACGAUGGUCGUCAGGCAGCCAUUCCACAGUAUCGAAGUCUCUCAAGUGCUUUUGCGACGAUUUUCCGGCAAGAGGGCUUCAGGGGCUUGUACAAGGGAGUGACGCCCAAUGUAUGGGGCUCAGGAAGUGCUUGGGGAUUCUAUUUUCUCUUCUACAACACAAUAAAGACAUGGAUUCAGGGUGGUAAUACGCAUAUCGCUUUGGGGCCAACAAUGCACAUGAUUGCAGCGGCAGAAGCUGGAAUUUUGACGCUAGCAAUGACAAAUCCAAUUUGGGUGGUUAAAACUCGCCUCUGUCUCCAAUAUUCCAAUGAACUCAGUCCGAACAAUGACAGUACAAAUUAUCGAGGGAUGGUUGAUGCUCUGAAGAAGAUCUACCGAGCUGAGGGGAUUCGUGGAUUCUACAGAGGUUUUGUGCCUGGGAUGUUUGGAGUGUCACAUGGUGCUCUUCAAUUUAUGACCUAUGAAGAAAUGAAGAACGGCUACAAUCAAUACAGACGAUUACCAAUUGAUCAAAAGCUGUCGACAACAGAGUACUUGACAUUUGCUGCAAUUUCCAAAUUAAUUGCGGCCGCAGCAACUUAUCCCUAUCAAGUGAUAAGGGCCCGCCUUCAGGAUCAUCAUCUUCACUAUGAGGGUACAUGGGACUGUAUUAAGCAAACUUGGAGAUUUGAACAUUGGAGAGGAUUUUACAAAGGCCUCGGACCAAAUAUCACACGAGUUGUUCCUGCUACAAUGAUAACUUUUGCUACUUACGAAAAUCUCUAUCACUACAUGAGGGAGAAUAAAAAGUAAUUUUGGACAAUUUAUUGUGAUUAUCCAGUGCCAGAAGCAUCACAGAAAUGAGGAUACCAAAGGAGGCUUGAACUUACCAAAGUCAAUGGAAUUUAAAAGGAAUUAUCCUUGUUAAUAUGCAGGAACUUGCAUUUGUUGGACAAUAGUAAUGAAAAAUAUAGAUGUUUUCUAGAAAA